GUCGUCGCGUCCUAGUGACGUGUUAUUGUAAAUCGAGGGGGCGUGUCCAGGGUUGCUGACCAAGAUGGCGGCGUCCGUAAGACAGGAUCUUACCCAGCUGAUGAGUUCCAGCGGCUCUCACAAGGACCUUGCCGGGAAGUACCGUCAGAUAUUGGAGAAAGCUCUUCAGCUUCCCGGACAAGAACAGCUUGAGGCGCUGAAAGCAUUUGUUGAAGCAAUGGUGAAUGAGAACGUCAGCCUUGUGAUAUCACGGCAGCUGCUCACUGACUUUUGUACGCAUCUUCCAAGUCUGCCUGAUGGUAUUGCAAAGGAGAUCUAUCACUUCACCUUGGAGAAGAUCCAGCCACGAGUCAUUUCUUUUGAGGAGCAGGUUGCAUCAAUUAGGCAGCACUUGGCGACCAUAUAUGAGAAAGAAGAUGACUGGAGGAAUGCAGCUCAAGUGUUGGUCGGGAUUCCUCUGGAAACAGGGCAAAAACAGUAUAAUGUAGACUAUAAAUUGGAAACCUAUCUGAAAAUUGCCCGUCUUUACUUGGAGGAUGAUGACCCUGUGCAAGCAGAAGCAUACAUUAACCGGGCCUCUCUGCUGCAGAAUGAGUCCACCAAUGAGCAGCUACAGAUCCACUACAAGGUUUGCUAUGCCCGUGUUCUGGAUUACAGAAGGAAGUUUAUUGAAGCUGCUCAGAGAUACAAUGAGCUGUCAUACAAAACCAUUGUACAUGAAACAGAGCGAAUGGAAGCACUGAAGCACGCAUUACACUGCACAAUCCUGGCUUCUGCAGGACAGCAACGUUCCCGAAUGUUGGCAACGCUUUUCAAGGAUGAACGAUGCCAACAGCUUUCAGCAUAUGGGAUUCUGGAGAAGAUGUAUCUUGACAGGAUCAUUCGAGGAAACCAACUGCAGGAGUUUGCAGCUAUGCUCAUGCCACAUCAAAAAGCCACCACUGGAGAUGGUUCAAGUAUCUUGGACAGAGCAGUGAUAGAGCAUAACUUAUUAUCCGCAAGCAAACUGUACAACAAUAUCACUUUUGAGGAGCUUGGAGCAUUGCUGGAAAUACCUGCUGCCAAGGCAGAGAAGAUUGCCUCUCAGAUGAUUACAGAGGGACGUAUGAAUGGAUUUAUUGAUCAGAUUGAUGGCAUUGUUCAUUUUGAAACUCGUGAAGCUUUACCUACAUGGGACAAACAGAUCCAGUCCUUAUGUUUCCAAGUCAACAACCUACUAGAAAAAAUCAGUCAGACGGCACCAGAGUGGACAGCGCAAGCCAUGGAAGCUCAGAUGGCACAAUGAAGACCCUGCCUGUAUUGCCAUCCUGCUGGAGGACUGGGCAGGAUUUCCUGUCAUGCUGUGUGAUAUUAAUGCACUUCAUUGGGUUUCCCGACAAAUCUUCAUUAAGAAUACAUGACUACAAUCUCAGUACUGCACGAGUGUGAGCAUUUCUGUGUAGAACAAGCAAGCAGUGUUUGGCAUGCUCCAGAAAUAAAAUGACAGUACUAUGUUCAGCCUGUAAUGGGCUAUUUUAUGUA